AGCAGCUACUAGCGCAUAAUGACUUCUCAGCUUUCUUUCCUUCUAAAUCCCAUGCCUACUCUUUGUUCUGAUGCUACCACACCUCCACCACCCAAAUAUAGCUUUGCCGCUUUCAAGUUCCACCUUCAAUCUCCUCAGGUUUCUUUGUGGGGUACACGUUCUCACGGAAUUAAUGAAGGCAAACAUGGCAAGAAAUGUGAUGGAUUUCGUCCAAUAUGUGCAAAAUCAUCUCCAAUUCUUGAUUUCAAGGAGGUGGAAACAAAGGAGAUAAGAGAGAAGAUAAAAGUGGUGAAAUGUAUGUUGGGGUCAAUGGAAGAUGGAGAAAUAAGCGUGUCAGCAUAUGACACUGCAUGGGUUGGUCUGGUGAAAGAUGUUAAUGGCGGAAAUGCCCCUCAGUUCCCUUCGUGUCUUGAGUGGAUAGCCAAUAAUCAGCUUCCAGAUGGUUCUUGGGGUGAUGCUAAUUACUUUUCACCCCGUGAUCGUCUUCUUAAUACCCUCGCCUGUGUUAUUGCUUUCACUCAAUGGAAUUUGCACCCUCAAAUGUGUCACAAGGGGCUCACAUUCUUUAAGGAAAAUCUAAGCAAGAUUCAAGAUGAGAGUGCCGCAGAAGCUCUAGUUGGUUUUGAAUUUACUUUACCUUCUCUUCUUGACUUGGCUCGAAGUAUGAAUAUUGAAGUGUCGGAUGAUUUUCCUGUCUUGAAAGAAUUAUCAGCUAGGAGAGAUCUCAAGCUCAAAAGAAUACCAAUAGAAAUUAUGCAUAAGGUGCCUACAUCAGUACUCUAUAGUUUGGAGGGAAUAAUGGUAAAUUUGGAGUGGAAACAACUUUUGAAGUUGCAGUCAAAAGAUGGUUCAUUCUUAUUCUCUCCGGCGUCCACAGCCUACGCUUACAUGCAGACCAAAGACGAAAAUGCUCUCAAGUAUCUCCACAACACUGUUCACGUUUGUAAUGGUGCAGUUCCAAACUCGUAUCCCAUAGACUUGUUUGAGCGGAGUUGGACCGUUGAUCGUUUGGAACGUCUCGGCAUUUCAAGAUAUUUUGAGCCGAAGAUUAAAGAUUUUAUGACGUAUAUCUCAAGAUAUUGGACCGACAAGGGUCUUGGUUGGACAAGAGAUUCGGGGGUUCCAGAUAUUGACGAUACAGUAAUGGCAUUUAGGUUACUUAGGUUACAUGGUCACCAAGUUUUACCCGAUGCACUGAAGCAUUUUGAGAAAAAUGGCGAGUUCUUUUGCUUUCCUGGAGAAACAAAUCCGUCAAUGUCAGCAACAUACAAUCUUUAUAGAGCUUCUCAGGUGCUUUUUCCUGGGGAAAUGAUUCUUCAGGAUGCCAAAUAUUUUUCGUUCAAAUUCUUAUCAGAGAAGCGUGCGUCUAAUGAGAUAUUUGAUAAAUGGAUCAUCACAAAAGAUUUAAUUGGCGAGGUGAGUUACGCGUUGGAUGUGCCUUGGUAUGCAAGUUUACCGAGAUUGGAGACAAGAUUUUACAUAGAACAAUAUGGUGGUGAAAACGUUGUUUGGAUUGCAAAGACACUUUUCAGGUUGCCUAGUGUGAACAACGAGAUUUAUCUUGAACUGGCCAAAUUGGAUUACAACAAGAGUCAAGCAGUGCACUCUGCAGAAUGGGAGAAUAUCCAACGAUGGCACUCGGAAACAGGAUUAGAGGAAUUUGGAGUGAGCAAAGAGAGUCUUCUCCAAGCUUAUUUUGUGGCAGCAGCUUGCAUUUUUGAAUCUGAAAGGUGGUUAGAGCGACUCGCAUGGGCUAAAACCGUAACUUUGAUUCAGGCAUUCAAGUUCCAUAUCAACCAUGAUGAAGCAAGAAAGGUCAUUCUAGAACAACUCAAUAACAACUUUAACAGACAAGACUUGUCAAACAGGAGGCUUGAUAAGAACAACAAAAACGAGCAACUUCUUGGGAUUUUGCUGAUGACUCUUGACUAUCUUGGAUUGGAGUUCUUUCAAAAUCAUGGACAGGAAAUUUCCCAUUAUUUGAAUCAAAUUUGGCAGAGUUGGUUGUUUAGUUGGCAAAAUGAAGGAAGCAGCUCCAAAAGAGAAGCAGAGUUGAUUGUGCAAACUAUAAAUUUAAUGGCUGGUGAUUGGUUACAAGAGCUACAGCUAAACCCUCAGUACCAACGAUUACUCAAUGCCACUAACAAAGUCUGCCAUAAGCUCAAAGAUUACCAAAGUGAGAAGGGAAAAAAUGAACUGAGUAUUGCAACCAAAACCACCACUACACCACAAAUAGAAUCAGAAAUGCAAGAGUUUGUGCAAAUAGUGCUCCAAAAUUCCCAAGAUGGCAUUAAGAGCUCAUUCUUCUUGGUGGCCAAGAGUUUUUACUAUGUUGCAUAUUUUGACUCUCAGACCAUUAUGUCUCACGCUGACAAAGUUCUAUUUCAGAAAGUGAUGUAAUAAAUUAACAUAUUUUACUUUUUCAUUGGAAUAUAUAGACCUUGAACCUUUUAAGAUGGGAACCCUAAUAUGCAAUAAAAUAAACCAUC